AUGGACUAUGCUGCAUUUGGUGAUGUAUUGGUAUUUGAUACAACUUAUCGUACAAAUCAGUAUAAGAAGCCAUUUGUGAUUCUAGCUGGCGUGAGUAACCAUUUUAUGACAAUCAUAUUUGGAUGUGCUUUGUUGCCUGAUGAGACAAUGGACACAUACAAGUGGGUGUUGGAAACGUUAAUGGAGGCCAUGGAUGGACAAAGACCCAUCUCUGUUGUAACAGAUGGUGAUAGGGCAAUGCGUCAGGCAAUCGAAAGAGUUAUUCCAAAUUGCAGACAUCGUUUAUGUUCUUGGCAUCUGGAGAAAAAUGCCACAACAAAUGUCCGCAUACCAGAAUUUACUAGUGAUUUCGCACAGUUGAUGUUGAAGAAAUGUCAAAUUGUUGAGUUUGACAAUGCGUGGGCUCGUAUGGUGAAACAAUACAAGUUUGAGAACAAUAACUGGGUGUUGGAGAUUCACCGCAAGCGUGAUAAGUGGGUUGAGGCGUAUCUUCGUGGUCACAUGUUUGCUGGGAUGAGGAGCACUCAACGUGUCAAGGGUAUGAAUGCAUAUUUCAAUAUGUUCCAAGAACAAAAGGUAAAGUUGUAUGAAUUUGUAGCACAAUAUGAUAGGGCUCUUGCUAGGAUGCAUGUUAAUGAAGCAGAAACAGAAUCUAAAACAGAGAAUAGUUUCCCGGUUUUGACUACGCCAUUGAGAAGUUUGGAAAAACAUGCAGCUGAGCUCUUUACUCGGAAGAUUUUUUCAUUGUUUCGACGUGAAAUCAGCAAAUAG